AUGGCCUCAGCCCGGCCUGCCUUCCGUCUCCUACGCCCACCCUUCUUCCAGCAGAGCUACGCAUACCGCCGGCCAGGCGCCGACUUCUUCAGGCCCCGCUUCGCACCCACAACAGCGAACCGCUAUGUAUCCGACGGCGUGCCUCCACCGCCGCCGCCACGAGGGGACGUCCGCAACGAAGGCCGCCGGGAACCCCCCAACAAGGUCUGGGCGCCAAAAACCCGUCUGGCCGUCGGCGUGGUGUUCGUCGGCGCCCUCAUAUACUCCAUGGUGACCGGCGAACCGGAGAAGCUCGAGGCGCCGGCCAUUGCUGAGCAGGAUGCGCUUUCGAAGAGGGAGUCAGGCGUUGGUCGGGACUCGCCGAUGCGCCUGCGGAUGGAGGCGUUUAUUAAGGAGCACCAGAAGAUCAUCGUCUCCGAGCUCGAGAAGCUAGACGGGAAGACCUUCAAGGUCGACAGCUGGGAACGUCCCGACGGCGGUGGGGGCAUCACCUGCGUCUUGCAAGAGGGCAACGUGUUCGAGAAAGCCGGUGUCAACACAUCCAUUGUCUACGGCACGCUCCCGCGCGCCGCCAUCUCCAAGAUGCGCGUCAACCACAAAGCGCUCGACCCCGACGUCGACAGCCUCGACUUCUUCGCCGCAGGCCUGAGCCUAGUCCUCCACCCACACAACCCCAUGGCACCGACCGUGCACCUCAACUACCGCUACUUCGAGACGGCCGACAAAGACGGCAAGCCCAGCGCCUGGUGGUUCGGCGGCGGCUGCGACUUAACACCCUGCUACCUGUUCGACGACGACGCGAUACACUUCCACCGGACGAUCAAAGAGGCCUGCGAAAAGCACGACAAGAGCUACUACCCGCGCUUCAAGAAGUGGUGCGACGGCUACUUCAGCAACAAGCACCGCGGCGAGACGCGCGGCGUGGGCGGCAUCUUUUUCGACGAUCUCGACGAGACGGAGAAGGAUCAGGAGAAUCUGUUUGAGUUUGUUCAAGACUGCCUUUCUGCGUUUCUGCCGUCUUAUAUGCCAAUAAUACGCAAGCGGAAGGAUCUGCCGUUCACGGACAAGGAGAAGCUGUGGCAGCAGCUGAGGCGAGGGCGCUAUGUGGAGUUUAAUCUAGUGCAUGAUCGCGGUACGAGUUUUGGACUUAAUACGCCGGGGGCGAGGGUGGAGAGUAUCUUGAUGAGCUUACCCUUGACGGCGCGGUGGCAGUAUAUGCACGAGCCGGAGAAGGGGAGCAGAGAGGAGCGGUUGGUCAAUGUCCUGAAGAAGCCUGUGGAUUGGGUGUAA